AUGGGGGUGUUUGUGGUGGGAAGGGAAUGGACAGCACAGCAGACGGCAGCAGCGGCGGCAACGUCGUCGCGCACCUGGCACGCGCCUGACUAUUUCGCAGUGGAGACACUGCUCUCCAUGAGCGGUCGAAGCAAGGAGGCGUCCGGGAUGCCUCCUCCUCCGCCACCAGCUAGUGACCUCACGCCGCCAAACUCUGAAGACGAGCAGGAAGAGAUGACCACACCUGUUCAUCGCCAGCAAACCAUGCCUGGCUCGUCGGAGCUGGCCAGGCUCCUUCUGUCAGACAACCCAGUCACUUCGACAACAGUGACAAGCAGUCAGCGAACCUGCACUCCCGUUUCGGUGAUCGUCCGUGCUCCACCUCGUACCAGCCCACCACCACCAGUCGUCGCACCGCCCGCUGCCAUACGUCAAGAGCCGGCAAGGCCCAUGGUAGCCAUCGCUCCCAAGCCUCCUGCCACAACACUUCUCCCUGUGAUGCACACCACUGCCGACGAAGCUCUCAUGCAAACGGCACUCGUUCCGGUCGGGGCUGUUCAGCUUCUCGUUGCCCGCCCCGUCCAGGCCGCGUUGCUUGUCAAUGCCGCCCCGGCUCCAGUGCCCGAAGAGCGCAGGCGCUCUUAUGUGUGCAACUAUGCCGGCUGUGGCAAGACGUACUUCAAAAGCUCCCAUCUGAAGGCACACGUCCGCACGCACACAGGCGAGCGGCCAUUCGGCUGCCAGUGGGCAGGCUGUGGGCGCCGAUUCUCGCGUUCCGACGAGCUGUCGCGACAUCGCCGGACGCACACGGGCGAGAAGCGCUUCUGCUGUCAGCUGUGCGAUCGGCGCUUCAUGCGCAGCGAUCACUUGGCUAAGCACGUCAAGAGACACGGCAGCAGCAGGCGCGUGGCGUUGUGGCCACCAGUGCGAUCGGUUUGAGAUGGGCGAUGGUGAUAGUAGCUCCCGUUCCCACCACGUUGUGGGAUUCUUCACAAAAACUAAUGUGCCAGUUUUGAGCCGGGACAGCCAGACUGUGCUUGUGAGCUGCCUGGCUUGUGAUGAACCAUGCCAGCACGCUGCACGCAAGUUGCCAAUGAAGGCAGUUGCACAAGAGAGAAGCAGACCUCAGGGCCAUCUCCAGACCGAACCCGGAGUCUGAACACACAGUGUGCCAAAAAAGCGCAAUAUUCUGGCACGAAAGCUGAGGAACCUCAAGACGAGGCAUGAGAAGGUGAUGAAGUGUUUCCCACUCAAGGAAGCAAGCUUUUAAUGUUGAUAUGCUCCUGCUGCUUUUAGCCCAGGUGGCUGAGGCAGCACUGUUCAUUGUGUAUAUAUACUUGUACAAAGACAUUUUGACAAGAGAUAUAUAUAUAUAUAAUUUAUAAAUAAAUGCCAAAGGGUGCUGGUC